AUGGGACGGAAAUCUAUUUCACCACAGCCACUCAACUUGCCUGAUCCUAAAUCUAUCAGUGACCACUUGCACUUUCUCGACAGCGCGAGAUCUGCUGGUAGCCCCGUUUCUCCUACAUCCAAACUAUCCGGAACGAGAUCCCCAUUCAAAUUCAACUCAAAAAAGGCACAAGCCCAAACACUUCCUGCAACAGAAAAUACGCAAUCGUCUAAACAGGCCCCGGACUUACCACCGUCCAGUGUCACCCUUCCUUUUCAUCAACCAGCUAUCUCCCAACAGACUCCACCAAACGAACCAGCCGAGGUUGAAAAACCUGAACGACGUGAACGAGCAUCCAGGAGUAGUUUUUUUAACAAUUACAAAGCUUCUAGAAGCUCUAAUCGAUUGCAAUCGGAAAAAACGUCUGUCGCUUCAGCAGCAAGUGUUUCUAAAGUUACCGAAAGAACUGUACCAGGAUCUCACGUUUCGUCGAACAAAGAGCACCCUCAAACAGAUUCUACAUUAGCCUCUUCAGAAACGCGAUCCGACUCGCCACCACCACUCGCUGCAUCUUCCAACGUUAGCAAGAAAGUCAAAUCGAAGUCCUUCAGCAUUCUUUCCCGAUCCUACUCCCUGCGAGAUGACCCGAGUAGUAUUGAUCCAUCGUUAAUAGAUAUUAUUAUGGAACCUGAAAAGUCAUCCCUACAGUUGGAAUCUGUAUUGACUCCACCAAUUGAGCAGGAUAGAUCAUACCGGGCAAGAAUGGCAUCCAAUAUACGGCAACAUUCCGCUGAAAGAUUACCCUCAUUCCAACGCGAACGAUCUAAAGAGCAGAAAAAUAGAACUACCAAGGACUCAUACGGAAAGUCUCAAAUAGUUACUAAUCUUCAAAAGGAACAGAACAGAAACCCAUCCUCACUGUCAUCGUCUACCGGGUCAAACACGUUUCUCAAUAGUCUAAAGAGCCAGGCAACUAAAGGAGCUGGUGCCCUCAGUAAGGGUCUAUUUGGAAAGGGAAGCCGUAAUGGAAAUAUAUCCAAUGAAAAGUCCCCGGAGGUUGAUGAUGAACACUACGAGCUUAAGGUCAUAAACUUACCAUUAAUCCAGCAGACUCGACUAACCCGAAUCUCCAAGAAAUUGGAGGACUCUAAAGAUAAGACCGAGUUUUGGAUGCCCGCCUUCCCGUGGAGAGCCAUUGAUUACCUAAAUUAUAAGGGUAGUGAUGUUGAAGGACUAUAUAGAGUGCCAGGAAGUGGCCCGGAAAUCAAGAAAUGGCGUAGAAGAUUUGAUCAAGAAUUGGACAUUGAUCUUUUUGAACAAAGCGAUUUAUAUGAUAUAAACAUCAUAGGUUCAAUGCUCAAGGCGUGGCUGCGCGAACUUCCGGAUGAAUUAUUACCAAAGACUGCCCAAGACCGAAUUGCUCGUGAAUGUGCUAACUCCGAAAAAGUUCCUCAACUACUUAUUGAUGAGCUUUCCAACCUGUCACCCUUCAAUUAUUAUCUUCUUUUCGCUAUCACCUGUCACCUUUCGCUCCUCCUAGCACAUUCUGAAAAAAAUAAAAUGGACUAUCGCAACCUAUGUAUCUGUUUCCAGCCCUGCAUGAAAAUUGACGCAGUCUGUUUUAAGUUCCUAGUUUGCGACUGGCGGGAUUGUUGGAAGGGCUGCAAGACUGAGCCAUUCUAUGUAGAGCAGGAAUACAUGCUUUUCGAUCAAGUGCAAUCUUCACAUGCCUCCACGGAGAGUCGCUCUAGUUCAGCUAUAGAUGGUUCAUACGAUGAUUAUGAACGAAACGCCAGUAGUCCGCAUGGUAGUAAUUCUAGCAGUACUCAGGGUCCAAAAUUUCCAACCGACUAUGCCUCGAAUGGAAGCCGAUCUAACUCUCCCAGUCCGCUGACCCCUCCACAUAGGUUCAGUAAGGGUGGCGUGCGUUCUGGAUCACUAUCAACGCCACAAACACUACAACGACCGAAACUAGUGGUCAGCAAGAGCUCAGGUAGUAUUAAUACCGCAAAGGUAAAAACGCUCGGUGAUAUGAAAUCAGCACCAGAAGAGCGAAUUGAAGUGAUGCGACCACUCAGUCCGAUCAAGCCCUUGAGUCCAAUGGGAUUUUAA